CCUCCUGGCAGGACAGUAUAUAAGAGAUCACACAGGUUGAGGACUCCAUAUCACUUCUACUACGGCAGUUUCAUUCUGACCUACAGAGCCUCGGCUGUGACCACCAUCCACACAUCAGACCACCGUCCAGACAGACGGAGACCUCUGAGACUCCGGCAGAAGCAGACAGAGGUAUGGAGGACAGCAAAUAAUUAUUUAAGGCUUUGGUAUGCUUUUAUGUGAUUUAACCUCUCUCUCUCUCUCUCUCUCUCUCUCUCUCUCUCUCUCUCUCUCUCUCUCUCUCUCUCUCUCUCUCUCUCUCUCUCUCUCUCUCCCCCCACCUCUCUCUCUCUAUCUUGCUCUCUGCAGCCUUUACAGCAGCAGGGUUUUGGACAGAUCACACAAGGGGACAGUGGUUCUUCAAGUCUGACUCACUUCAGGUAAGAUACUCUUUUCAUUCAGUAUUUAAUUUCAAUAUGUUUCAGAGAAACAUCAAUAAGUAUUUGUUUUAAUUUGACCCCCCCUUUUUUUUUUACACUCACUGUUUAUUAUCUAUAGUCACUUAGUCACAUAGUCACUUUACCCCUACCUCCAGUUGAAGUCUGAAGUUUACAUACACCUUAGCCAAAUACAUUUAAACUCAAAACAAUUCCUGACAUUUAAUCCUAGUAAAAAUUCCCUGUCUUAGGUCAGUUAGGAUCACCACUUUAUUUUAAGAAUGUGAAAUGUCAGAAUAAUAGUAGAGAGAAUGAUUUAUUUCAGCUUUUUUUUAUUUCAUCACAUUCCCAGUGGGUCAGAAGUUUACAUACACUCAAUUAGUAUUUGGUAGCAUUGCCUUUAAAUUGUUUAACUUGGGUCAAACGUUUCUGGUAGCCUUCCACAAGCUUCCCACAAUCAGUUGGGUGAAUUCUGGCCCAUUCCUCCUGACAGAGCUGGUGUAACUGAGUCAGGUUUGUAGGUCUCCCGAGUGGCGCAGUGGUCUAAGGCACUGCAUCGCAGUGCUAGCUGUGCCACUAGAGAUCCUGGUUCGAAUCCAUUCUCUGUCGUAGCCGGCCGUGACCGGGAGACCCAUGGGGCGGCGCACAAUUGGCCCAGCGUCGUCCAGGGUAGGGGAGGGAAUGGCUGGCAGGGAUGUUGGUAGAGCAUGGUGGGGGGCCAGUAUGAAAAAUAAAUACAAAUAUGUAUGUACUCACUAACUGUAAGUCGCUCUGGAUAAGAGCGUCUGCUAAAUGACUAACAUGUAAAUGUAAAAAAAUGUAGGCCUCCUUAUUCACACACGCUUUUUCAGUUCUGCCCACAAAUGUUCUAUAGGAUUGAGGUCAGGGAUUUGUGAUGGCCACUCCAAUACCUUGACUUUGUUGUCCUUAAGCCAUUUUGCCACAACUUUGGAAGUAAGCUUGGGGUCAUUGUCCAUUUGGAAGACCCAUUUGCGACCAAGCUUUAACUUCCUGACUGAUGUCUUGAGAUGUUGCUUCAAUAUAUCCACAUAAUUUUCCUUCCUCAUGAUGCCAUGUAUUUUGUGAAGUGAACCAGUCCCUCCUGCAGCAAAGCACCCCCACAGCAUGAUGCUGCCGCCCCCGUGCUUCACGGUUAGGAUGGUGUUCUUCGGCUUGCAAGCUACCCCCUUUUUCCUCCAAACAUAACAAUGGUCAUUAUGGACAAACAGUUCUAUUUUUGUUUGAUCAGACCAGAGGACAUUUCUCCAAAAAGUACAAUCUUUGUCCCCAUGUGCAGUUGCAAACCGUAGUCUGGCUUUUUUAUGGUGGUUUUGGAGCAGUGGCUUCUUCCUUGCUGAGCGGCCUUUCAGGUUAUGUCGAUAUAGGACUCGUUUUACUGUGGAUGUAGAUACUUUUGUACUUGUUUCCUCCAGCAUCUUCACAAGGUCCUUUGCUGUUGUUCUAGGAUUGAUUUGCACUUUUCGCACCAAAGUACAUUCAUCUCUAGGAGACAGAACGCGUCUCCUUCCUGAGUGGUAUGACGGCUGCGUGGUCCCAUGGUGUUUAUACUUGCGUACUAUUGUUUGUACAGAUGAACGUGGUACCUUCAGGCGUUUGGAAAUUAAUCCCAAGGAUGAACUAGAAUUGUGGAGGUCUACAAUGUUUUUUCUGAGGUCUUAGCUGAUUUAUUUUGAUUUUCCCAUGAUGUCAAGCAAAGAGGCACUGAGUUUGAAGGUAGGCCUUGAAAUACAUCCACAGGUACACCUCCAAUUGACUGAAAUGAUGCCAAUUAGCCUAUCAGAAGCUUCUAAAGCCAUGACAUCAUUUUCUGGAAUUUUCCAAGCUGUUUAAAGGCACAGUCAACUAAGUGUAUGUAAACUUCUGACCCACUGGAAUUGUGAUACAGUGAAUUAUAAGUGAAAUAAUCUGUCUGUAAACAAUUGUUGAAAAAAUUACUUGUGUCAUGCACAAAGUAGAUGUCCUAACCGACUUGCCAAAACUAUAGUUUGUUAACAAGAAAUUUGUGGAGUGGUUGAAAAACAAGUAUUAAUGACUCCAACCUAAGAGUAUGUAAACUUCCGACUUCAACUGUACAAAUUACCUCUACUAACCUGUACCCCACCACAGUGAUAUAUUUUUUACUUUAUUUUCUUUAGUAAAUAUUUGUCUAUUUUCUUAAAACUGCAUUGUUGGUUAAGGGCUUGUCAGUAAGCAUUUCACGGUAAGGUCUACACAUGUUGUAUUUGUUGCAUGUGACAAAUAAAAAUUGUAUUUGUUUCUCAUAAAUAUGAACAUGUUAAAAGAUAUUUAGUCAGGUUGUUUAACUUGUUUAACUGUGGUGAGGAGGUAAUUCCAGCUUAUGAUGACUGCAGUAAUAACUUAUGAUGACUGCAGUAACCUUCCUUGACAAGCACUGGAUCCUGGGCACACACACACACACACACACACACACACACACACACACACACACACACACACACACACACACACACACACACACACACACACACACACACACACACACACACACACACACACACACACACACACACACACACACACACACACACACACACACACACAUACAUACACACACACACACACACACACACACACACACAGACACACACACACACACACACACACACACACACACACACACACACACACACACACACACACACACACAAACACAUUUUUUUGGGGGGGGGUAGAAGGAUUACUUUAUCCUAUCCCAGGUAUUCCUUAAAGAGGUGGGGUUUCAAAUGUCUCCGGAAGGUGGUGAGUGACUCCGCUGUCCUGGCGUCGUGAGGGAGCUUGUUCCACCAUUGGGGUGCCAGAGCAGCGAACAGUUUUGACUGGGCUGAGCGGGAACUAUGCUUCAGCAGAGGAAGGGGAGCCAGCAGGCCAGAGGUGGAUGAACGCAAUGCCCUCGUUUGGGUGUAGGGACUGAUCAGAGCCUGAAGGUACGGAGGUGCCGUUCCCCUCACAGCUCCAUAGGCAAGCACCAUGGUCUUGUAACAGAUGCGAGCUUCAACUGGAAGCCAGUAGAGUGUGCGGUGGAGCGGGGUGACGUGAGAGAACUUGGGAAGGUUGAACACCAGACGGGCUGCGGCAUUCUGGAUGAGUUGUAGGGGUUUAAUGGCACAGGCAGGGAGCCCAGCCAACAGCGAGUUGCAGUAAUCCAGACGGGAGAUGACAAGUGCCUGGAUUAGGACCUGUGCCGCUUCCUGUGUAAGGCAGGGUCGUACUCUCCGAAUGUUGUAGAGCAUGAACCUGCAGGAUCGGGUCACCGCCUUGAUGUUAGCGGAGAACGACAGGGUGUUGUCCAGGGUCACGCCAAGGCUCUUCGCACUCUGGGAGGAGGACACAACGGAGUUGUCAACCGUGAUGGUGAGAUCAUGGAACGGGCAGUCCUUCCCCGGGAGGAAGAGCAGCUCCGUCUUGCCAUGGUUCAGCUUGAGGUGGUGAUCCGUCAUCCAUACUGAUAUGUCUGCCAGACAUGCAGAGAUGCGAUUCGCCACCUGGUUAUCAGAAGGGGGAAAGGAGAAGAUUAGUUGUGUAUCGUCAGCGUAGCAAUGAUAGGAGAGGCCAUGUGAGGAUAUGACAGAGCCAAGUGACUUGGUGUAUAGGGAGAAUAGAAGAGGGCCUAGAACUGAGCCCUGGGGGACACCAGUGGUGAGAGCACGUGGUGCGGAGACAGCUUCUCGCCACGCCACUUGGUAGGAGCGACCGGUCAGGUAGGACACAAUCCAGGAGUGAGCCGCGCCGGAGAUGCCCAGCUCGGAGAGGGUGGAGAGGAGGAUCUGAUGGUUCACAGUAUCAAAGGCAGCAGACAGGUCUAGAAGGACAAGAGCAGAGGAGAGAGAGUUAGCUUUAGCAGUUCGGAGAGCCUCCGUGACACAGAGAAGAGCAGUCUCAGUUGAAUGACCAGUCCUGAAACCUGACUGGUUUGGAUCAAGAAGGUCAUUCUGAGAGAGAUAGCAAGAGAGUUGGCUAAAGACGGCACGCUCAAUAGUUUUGGAAAGAAAAGAAAGAAGGGAUACUGGUCUGUAGUUGUUGACAUCAGUGGGAUCGAGUGUUGGUCUUUUGAGAAGGGGUGCAACUCUCGCUCUCUUGAAGACGGAAGGGACAUAGCCAGCGGUCAAGGAUGAGUUGAUCAGCGAGGUGAGGUAGGGGAGAAGGUCACCGGAGAUGUUCUGGAGAAGAGAGGAGGGGAUGGGGUCAAGCGGGCAGGUUGUUGGGCGGCCUGCAGUCACAAGUCGCAAGAUUUUAUCUGGAGAGAGAGGGGAGAAAGAAGUCAAAGCAUAGGGUAGGGCAGUGUGAGCAGGAUCAGCAGUGUCAUUAGACUUAACAAACGAGGAUCGGAUGUCGGCAACCUUCUUUUCAAAGUGGUUGACGAAGUCAUCCACAGAGAGGGAGGAGGGGGGGGGGGGGUGGGGGGAGGAUUCAGCAGUGAGGAGAAUGUGGCAAAGAGCUUCCUAGGGUUAGAGGCAGAUGCUUGAAAUUAGAGUGGUAGAAAGUGGCCUUAGCAGCAGAAACAGAUGAAGAAAAUGUAGAGAGGAGGGAGUGAAAAGAUGCCAGGUCGGCAGGGAGUUUAGUUUUCUUCCAUUUCCGUGAGCUCGCAAUGAGUCAUCAAGCCACGGAGCUGGAGGGGAGGACCGAGCCGGCCGGGAGGAUAGGGGACACAGGGAGUCAAAGGAUGCAGAAAGGGAGGAGAGGAGGGUUGAGGAGGCAGAAUCAGGAGAUUGGAGGGAGAAGGAUUGAGCAGAGGGAAGGGAUGAUAGGAUGGAAGAGGAGAGAGUAGUGGGAGAGAGAGAGCGAAGGUUGCGGCGGCGCAUUAGUAAAGAUGAGGUCAAGCGUAUUGCCUGCCUUGUGAGUAGGGGUGGACGGUGAGAGGGUGAGGUCAAAAGAGGAGAGGAGUGGAAAGAAGGAGGCAGAGAGAAAUGAGUCAAAUGUAGACGUAGGGAGGUUGAAAUCCCCCAAAACUGUGAGGGGUGAGCCAUCCUCAGGAAAGGAACUUAUCAAGGCGUCAAGCUCAUUGAUGAACUCUCCAAGGGAACCUGGAGGGCGAUAGAUGACAAGGAUAUUAAGCUUAAAUGGGCUAGUGACUGUGACAGCAUGGAAUUCAAAUGAGGAGAUAGACAGAUGGGUUAGGGGAAAAAUUGAGAAUGACCACUUGGGAGAGAUGAGGAUUCCUGUGCCACCACCCCUCUGACCAGAUGCUCUCGGGGUAUGCGAGAACACAUGGUCAGACGAGGAGAGAGCAGUAGGAGUAGCAGUGUUUUCAGUGGUAAUCCAUGUUUCCGUCAGCGCCAGGAAGUCGAGGGACUGGAGGGUAGCAUAGGCUGGGAUGAAGUCAGCCUUGUUGGCAGCAGAACGGCAGUUCCAGAGGCUGCCUGAGACCUGGAACUCCAGGUGUGUGGUGCGUGCAGGGACCACCAGGUUAGAGAGGCAGCAGCCACGCGGUGUGAGGCGUUUGUGUAGCCUGUGCGGAGAGGAGAGAACAGGGAUAGGCAGAGGCAUAGUUGACAGGCUGUAGCAGAUGGCUACAAUAAUGCAAAGGAGAUCGGAAUGAAAUGAACUAAACAUCUGGGAAAGGAGAGAGCGGGGCCUCCCUCACCAAAAAACUCCCAAAUAUAACUCUCCCAACUUCCAACUCAGAAAUGAUAAUUCUUUCACUGAACCACCCGAAUAAAACUCUCCCAACUUCCACUUUAGAAAUUAGAAUUGUUGUAAACUACAGCGUUUCAAUGUUUCAAGGAAUAGACUCAACUUACUUUAUUCAGCUAGCUAACUAUGACGCACACUCACACACACACACACACAUACACAUACACACACACACACAUACACACACACAUACAGGUCACUCAGAGAAUGUGUGUGUGUGUGUGUUUCUGUGUGUGUUUGUUUCUGUGUGUGUGUGUGUGUGUGUGUGUGUGUGUGUGUUUCUCUGUGUGUUUAAGACAGCGAGUAACAGGUCCUAACAGAACCAGGUCUCUGUCCUGGAGGGCUUUGGUCAAAAGUAGCGCACUAUGUAGGGAAUAGUGUGCCAUUGGGAUGCACCCCAUGUCUCAUGUUGUGACUAACUCAGCCACUAGAAGAUAUUUUUCCCAUUAAGCUGGUCCAGCAGCACCUCUUCUGACCGCGGCAUGGCCAGACUCCAUUAACAACCCAGAAUACAUCUGACUGGAAUACCAGAGGGAGAAUGGAGGAAGAGAGAGAGGCUGAGAUUUAAGAGGAUAAACGGAAAUACCUCUGCUGGAAUACUGCUCUCUGGACAACUGUUUAAAGCCUGGACACAACUCAUAGACACUCUCUUUGUCUUUAAAAACAGCCUUCAUCCAGUCAGGACCGGCUUGUUCAGCAGACAGACAGAAGAAGGGAGGAAGAGAGCAUCAGGGGAGCAGCACCACCCCACAGCACCACCCCACAGCACCACCCCACAGCACCACCCCACAGCACCAUCCCACAGCACCACCCCACAGCACCACCCCACAGCACCAUCCCACCCCACCACAGCACCACCCCACACCACAGAACCGCCCCACAGCACCACCCCACCCCACACCACAGCAUCACCCCACACCACAGCACCACCCCACCCCACCCCACCCCACACCACAGCACCACCCCACCACAGCACCACCCCACCACAGCACCACCACACCACAGCACCACCCCACACCACAGAACCGCCCCACAGCACAGAACCGCCCCACAGCCGAUCCAGAGAUGAGUGUGUCACUGAGUCAGCUGCAGGAGCAUUAUAACCAGCAGGGAUUCCUCUCUGCUGUACCGGUCCUGGACGACACAGAGCUGAGAGAAGCCAGACAAGCCUUCAACCACCUGGAGAGAGAGUUCGGUGAGUGGAGAGGAGAGGGGAGAGGGAGGAGGGGGAGGGAGGGGUCAGAGGUCAAGACGUCUGUAAUAUCAUCAUGAUAGUAUGCUUUAUAUGUAAUGUAUUGAAUGGUAUGUACCUGUGUCUAGGUGAGUAGAGAGGGGAGACUGAGGGGCAGGGGGUGAGGAGAGGGAGCGUUGAGAGCCAGGGAAGGAAGUGGGAUGGAGGGAUGGAGUGGUCUGUACCUGUGUCUACCUGUAUUGAAUGAUAUCUACCUGAGUCUACCUGUAUUGAAUGAUAUCUACCUGAGUCUACCUGUAUUGAAUGAUAUCUACCUGUGUCGACCUGUAUUGAAUGAUAUCUACCUGUGUCUACCUGUAUUGAAUGAUAUCUACCAGUGUCUACCUGUAUUGAAUGAUAUCUACCAGUGUCUACCUGUAUUGAAUGAUAUCUACCUGAGUCUACCUGUAUUGAAUGAUAUCUACCUGAGUCUACCUGUAUUGAAUGAUAUCUACCUGAGUCUACCUGUAUUGAAUGAUAUCUAUCUGUGCCUACCUGUAUUGAAUGAUGUCUACCUAUGUCUACCUGUAUUGAAUGAUAUCUACCUGUGUCUACCUGUAUUGAAUGAUAUCUAUCUGUGUCUACCUGUAUUGAAUGAUAUCUAUCUGUGUCUACCUGUAUUGAAUGAUAUCUACCUGAGUCUACCUGUAUUGAAUGAUAUCUAUCUGUGUCUACCUGUAUUGAAUGAUAUCUACCUGUGUCUACCUGUAUUGAAUGAUAUCUACCUGUGUCUACCUGUAUUGAAUGAUAUCUAUCUGUGUCUACCUGUAUUGAAUGAUAUCUAUCUGUGUCUACCUGUAUUGAAUGAUGUCUACCUGUGUCUACCUGUAUUGAAUGAUAUCUACCUGUGUCUACCUGUAUUGAAUGAUAUCUACCUGUGUCUACCUGACUUCAGGUGAGGAGUACACCCAGUACAGUCUCCACAACGUGCACCUGAGGUACCCCUGGGUGAUGGGCCUGGCCAAACACCCCCACAUCCUGCAGGUAGUACAGUCCAUCCUGGGCUCUGAUGUCAUCCUGCUAGACUCACGCUUCAUCUGCAAAUACCCAACAACCCCCACAGCCACACAGGCAGGAAAUGACGUCAUCACUCGGACCAGUGAGGAGGAAGUGAGGUCAUCAGAGAAGGACCAACAGAGUGAGACUGGGCUGCCCUUCGUGGCCUGGCACCAGGAUAUGAGGUGGACAUUACUAAUACUAUUACAAUACUAAUACUACUGUCAGUUACAAAGUACUACAAAAUUAGUAAAAUACUACUACUACUACUACUACUACUACUACUACUACUACUACUACAGUACUACUACCAUACUACUGCUACUACCACAAUACUACUUCUUCUACUACAGUACUACAGUACUCCUCCUACUAUGACUACUACUACGACACUUCUACAGUCAGUUAUGGAGUAAGCGGUUUGAGUAAUGAUAAGUAUUUACUCACCAGCUGUCUGGUUCAUCCAGGUAUUGGGGAAUAGCUGGGGGUCCAGUCCUGUCUGUGUGGCUGGCUCUAGACGACUCCGUGGCAGAAAACGGAGCCCUGAAGGUCAUCCCAGGUACUGCAGCUCCCCUGACCGCCUGAAACUCAACAAAUAAUUCAGUUUCCAGAAACGGACAGUUCAGUUUCCUACAUGAGAGUUCUAAUUGGUGCCACAGCUAGAUAAAUAAAUACUUAAAUGUCUCCUCAAAAUAUUUAGCUGCACUUAGCCAUGUUUGGUUAGUGUUCUGAAAACCUCUUUCUGUCAUUCUAGUAAUGACUGGAAUAAGAUGUAUUUAUAUAGACAAACAGAAGACUAGAGUCUGUGUGGUUAGUAAAGUGUUCUCUUUCCUCUCCUCCCCCUCUCCUCCCCCCUCCUCCCCCCUGAAAUGCACAACUGUUUUUAAAACGUGCAUUGGUGAGGUGCAGACUCAGUUAAGCCAUUUGUAAUCGUAGGGGAAAUUGCUAUGCUGGCUGAGUGAAGCCAGAAAAGCAAUCUGAAGCACGUUUCGUCCCUCCCCCCCUUCCCCUCCACUCCCAUCUCCUCUCCUGUCCUGUGGCCUGUCCUCUCCGCCCUUCCUCCCCCCACUCCAUUCCUCUCCUCUCCUCCUCCUUUCCUUUCCUCUCCUCUCCUCUCCUCCCUCUCCUCUCCUCCAUCCCGCCUCUCCUCUCCUCUCUCUCCUCAUCCUCUAAGCUCUCCGCUCGACCUCCAUCUCCGAUCGCCUCCGAAAUCUCCGCGAAGAACAACUCCUCCCGAGCUCUCCUCUCCUCUACGUCUCCUCUCCUCUCCUCCUCUCUUCUCCUGUCUCAUUCCCUCUCCUCCCCAUCAGCUCUCCCUCCCCUCUUCCUCCUAUCCUCUCCUCCUAUCCUCCCCCCCCCCCCCCCCCUUCCUCCUCCAGGCAGCCACUGCUCCGGCCUGCUGCCCCACCACCUCUCCCCCCGCCCUGGCAACAUGCUGUCAGUCAACCAGGAGAUCCCUGAGGAGCUGGUGCAAACGGACAACGCUAUACUCUGCCCCCUGCAGGCCGGGCAGAUGUCUGUAAGUCACACCGCCCCCUACUGGGGGUUAUUUUUUUAGAUAACAUUUUUAUUUUUAUGAAUAACAAAUGUCAGCAAACAUGAAUCCAGAUACAGAGCCUUCAGAAAGUAUUCAUACCCCUUGACUUAUUCCACAUUUUGUUGUUUUACAGCCUGAAUUCAAAAUGAUUAGUUUUCUUCACCCAUCUACACACAAUAUUGUAAUUGUGGCAAAUUAUUUGAGAAUGAAAUACAGAAAUAUCUCAUUUACAUAAGUAUUCACACUCCUGAGUCAAUACUUUGUAGAAGCACCUUUGGCAGCGAUUACAGCUGUGAGUCUUUCUGGGUUUCUCUAAGAGCUUUCCACUCCUGGAUUAUGCAACAUUUACCCCUGAUUCUUUUCAAAAUUCUUCAAGCUCUGUUAAGUUGGUUGUUGAUCAUUGCAAGACAGCCAUUUUCAAGUGUUGCCAUAGAUUUUAAAGUAUAUUUAAGUCAAAACUGUAACUCGGUCACUCAGGCACAUUCACUGUCUUCUUGGUAAGCAACUCCAGUGUAGAUUUGGCCUUGUGUUUUAGGUUAUUGUCCUGCUGAAAGCUGAACUCAUCUCCCAGUGUCUGGUGGAAAGCAGACUGAACCAGGUUUUCCUCUAGGAUUUUGCCUGUGCAUAGCUCCAUUCCGUUAAAUUUUUAUCCUAAAAAAUUGCCCAGUCCUUAAUGAUUACAAGCAUAGGAUAUUCAAUGUCUGCUUUUUUUACCCAUCAUCCAAUAGGGGCCCUUCUUUGUAUGUGUGGGGUCCAGAGAUGAGGUAGUAAUUCAAAAAUCAUAUGAAACACUAUUAUUGUGGCCUCCCGAGUGAUGCAGCGGUCUAAGGCACUGCAUCGCAGUGUUGCGGUGUCACUACAGCCUGGGGUUCGAUCCCAGGGUGUGUCAUUACCGGCCAUGACCAGGAGUCCUGUAGGGUGGUGCACAAUUGGCCCAGCGUCGUCCAGGUUAGGGGAGGGUUUGGCCGUGGGGGGCUUUACUUGGCUCAUCGCGCUCUAGCGACUCCUUGUGGCGGGCCGGGCGCCUGCAGGCUGACUUCGGUUGUCAGUUGGACGGUGUUUCCUCCAACACAUUGGUGCAGCUGGCUUCCAGGUUAAGAAAGCGGGUGUUAAGAAGCUGUUUUGUAGGACGCUUGACUCGACCUUCGCCUCUCCUGAGCACGUUGGGGAGUUGCAGCGAUGAGACAAGAUCGUACCCACGAAAUUGGGGAGAAAAAGGGGGUAAAAUUUGAAUAAUAUAUAUAAAUAAAGAUAACACUAGUAUUGCACACAGAGUGAGUUCAUGCAACUUAUUAUGUGACUUGUUAAGAUUUGUUUUAAUCCUGAACUUAUUUAGGUUUGCCAUAACAAAGGGGUUGAAUAAUUAUUGACUCAAUACAUUUCAGCUUUUCAUUUUUUAUUAAUUUGUACACAUUUCUAAAAGCAUAAUUCCACUUUGACAUUAUGGGGUAUUGUGUGUAGGCCAGUGACAAAAAAAGCUCAAUUUAAUCAAUUUUAAAUUCAGGCUGUAACACAACAAAAUGUGGAAAAAGUAAAGGGGUGUGAAUACUUUCUGAAGACGUUGUUUAUCUUACAGAAUGAGGUUGUCAGGGGCAACACCUCCCAUCCCAAGUCCUACUGGACAUUCUGUAUUACAUUUUUUACAUUUUAGUCAUUUAUCAGACGCUCUUAUCCAGUUAGUGAGUGCAUAAUUAAUAUUAUUAUUUAAUUUUUUCAUACUAUUACAGGGAAAUACACUGGGCUUUCUCUAUACUUUUACAACUAUAUUAUGUUUCUCACUAAUAGUGCUGUACAAGGAAUAAGAAAUAAUUUGGGAUUGUGACUUGAUGUUGAUGUUAACCCAAUCAGAUCCAUGAUGGGUUCCUGGUCCACGCCAGUGACCCCAACACAUCCCAGAGGAGACGCUGUGGCUUCGUGAUCCGAUACGUCCCUACCUGUGCCUAUCCCAUACAGGUGAGAACUACUGUCGAUACGUCCCUACCUGUGUCUAUAUCUCUUUCUCUGAAGGUUAUCUGUGGAAUUGGAGGCCUGUUCCCUGAUUAUGCUUUUUGAAAAUAGACGAAAACUCUGUUCCAAUGCUUUUGCAGAGAUAAGACUCAUUGCAUACCUGACCACUGUGUUUCUCUCUGUCUCUCUCUGCAGGACCCAGACCGUCCCAGGCGUUUCCAUGCUACAGUGCUGGCCAGUGGAUCAGACCAGUUCAGUCACUUCUCCACCUAGUUGUGAUGAGCCUCACACCACAACUACAACCAUAACCAUACUGAUCCCAUUACUGCAUUACUGUCUGCUACUUAGAGCAACCUAAUGAUGCUGUGUUCACCUUUAUGACUUCCUGCUGUGUUCACCUUUAUGACUUCCUGCUGUGUUCACCUUUAUGACUUCCUGCUGUGUUCACCUUUAUGACUUCC